AUGAGUUUAAACACUUCAAGUAAUGCCACUACUGGGGAUACCCAAAGGUUGAAAAAUGCCUCAUUGGAUAUAAAGCAAAUGCUUAAAAAUGAAACUGAGUCAGAUAUCACCGCCGAUCUCAGAAAGAAACUCCAUCGGGCUAAGAAGGAGAAGGUAGACAUGACAGCCAAGCACAACGCAGAGCUGUCAAGCUACGAGAGCCAUAUUGCCAGGCUGCGGUCUGAGGUGGAAAAAGGAGAAGCACUGCGGCAGCGUCUGGAGUACGACCUGGCUGUGGCUAGGAAGGAGGCUGGUCUGGGGAACCGGGCAGCAGAAGAGAGACUGGCUGAGGCACAGAGGAUCCAGGAGAAACUCUGCGCUCAGAAUUCAGAACUUCAAGGAAAGGUAAAUGAAAUUGAGAGAACAUUUCAGACUUCCCAAGAGAAAUGGAAAGAAGAAUGCAGAAAAUUUGAACAUGAUUUGGAGGAAAGAGACAAUAUAAUUCAAAAUUGCAAUCAAGAAUACGAGUUACUUAUGCAGGAAAAGAACAGGCUACAAAAAACUCUACAGGAAGCGCUGGAAAAGCAUCAGCAAGAGAAGAAUGAGAUGGAGUCUCACAUCAGGGAGACUGCAUUGGAAGACUUUAGAUUACAAGCAGAACAGUGGGAAGCAGAACGAAGAGAGUUACAGCUUAUAGUACAGGAGCAAGAUAAUGCUGUGCAAAAUAUGCAGAAAAAAGUGGAACAGUUAGAAGCAGAACAUACGGACUGCUCCGACCUUCUGCGGAGACAAACGAGUGAGCUUGAAUUUAGCACUCAAAGGGAAGAACGCCUGAGAAAAGAAUUUGAGGCAACUACUCUAAGAGUGAGGAAGUUAGAAGAGAACAUUGAAGCAGAAAGAGCGGCACAUUUGGAAUCAAAAUUUAAUUCUGAAAUUAUUCAGUUACGGAUCCGAGACCUUGAAGGAGCUUUACAAGUAGAAAAAGCCAGCCAAGCAGAGGCUGUUGCUGAUCUGGAAAUGAUCAAGAAUGAAUUUAAAGAAGUCGAAAGUGCAUAUGAGCGAGAAAAGCAUAAUGCACAAGAAAGCUUUACAAAACUGAAUUUAUUAGAAAGAGAGUAUUUCUCCAAAAACAAGAAACUAAAUGAAGAGAUCGAAGAACAGAAGAAAGUAAUUAUAGAUCUUUCAAAGAGACUCCAAUAUAAUGAAAAAAGUUGCAGUGAGUUACAAGAGGAACUUGUGAUGGCUAAGAAGCACCAGGCCUUCCUAGUAGAGACAUGUGAAAAUAACGUAAAAGAAUUGGAAUCGGUCUUGGACAGCUUUAUUCUGUCAGCCCAGUGGACAUCAGGCAUCCACAAGGACAAAGAUAAGCCUCCCAGCUUCUCUGUCGUCCUUGAGACUUUGAGGCGGACCUUGACAGAUUACCAGAACAAGUUGGAAGAGGCGGCUAAUGAGCUAAGCAACAUAAAUGAUGCCAAGGAAAAGACAUCCAAUGAACUUGAUUCCACCAAACAAAAGAUUGAGUUUCAAACUAAAAAUGUAAAGGAACUUCAGGAGAAGCUGACUGAGGUCCACAAGGAGCUCAGUCAUUUGCGCACCAAGUGUGCAGACCGAGAGGCCCUGAUAAGCACACUGAAGGUGGAGCUGCAGAAUGUGCUGCACUGCUGGGAGAAGGAGAAGGCGCGAGCCGCCCAGUCUGAGAACGAGCUGCAGAAACUGUCCCAGACUUUUCGUAAGGACACCGAGGAGAAACUAACCUUCCUUCACACCUUGUAUCAGCACUUGGUAGCAGGCUGUGUGCUCAUAAAGCAACCAGAAGGCAUGCUGGAUAAAUUUUCUUGGUCUGAGCUCUGUGCAGUCUUGCAGGAGAAUGUUGAUGCCCUCAUUGCAGACCUCAACAGGGCUAAUGAGAAGAUAAGUCAUCUGGAGUAUAUUUGUAAAAACAAGUCUGAUACAAUGAGAGAGCUUCAACAGACCCAGGAAGACACCUUCAACAAAGUGGCAGAGCAGAUCAAGGCCCAAGAGAGCUGUUGGCACAAACAAAAGAAGGAGCUGGAAUUCCAGUAUUCUGAACUUCUCCUGGAGGUGCAGAGGAGGGCACAGAAAUUUCAAGAAAUUGCUGAAAAAAACAUGGAAAAAUUGAACCGUAUUGAGAACUCACAUGAACAACUGGUUCUUGAGAAUUCACAUUUCAAAAAUGCGUUGGCCAAGACUCAGAGGGAACAGACAUGCUUGUUGGCGGCGUGUGCGCUGAUGGCUGGUGCAUUGUAUCCUCUCUAUAGCAGGUCAUGUGCCUUAUCCACACAGAGAGACUUUCUCCAGGAGCAAGUCAACAGCUUGGAAUUGUUCAAACUGGAAAUUAGAACGCUAGCCCAGGCGCUGGCAGCAGUAGACGAAAAGAAACAAGAAGAAGCCAAACCAAAGAAAAAACCGUUCAAAGGACUGACUCGUGUAUUCCGGAAAGGUGCGAUUGCAAUUUUGGCAGCAAACAGACUCAAGAUACUGGGCCAAUCCUGUGCCUCUCUUUUUACCUGGAUGGAAAGCUGUAAGGAAGGCAUAGGCAUGCUGGUGUGUACAGGAGAGCCCAAAGACAAGCACAAAUUUCCAAAGCAUCAAAGGGAGCAGUUACGUUGUUUACAAGCCCUUACUUGGUUCACCAGUUCUGACCUUCUUGUUGCCAUUGUCAGUUCUAUGACUGAGCUGCAGGAAGUCAUUAAUAAAACAGAUCCAAAUUCCAGAAUCUGUGGACAUUUACUCAUAGGUGCAGCCAAGAGUUCUUUUGCAAAACUAAUGGAUAAAAUUAGUUUGGCAAUGGAAAGUAUACCUCUGCAUAGCAGCCGGAGCAUAACAUAUGUAGAGAAAGAUUCCCUGGUUCAGAGGCUGGCCCGUGGACUUCACAAAGUGAACACGCUGGCCCUGAAGUAUGGUUUGCGCAGCCAUAUGCCUAUUAUGAAAAGUACUGCAUCAUUACAAAAGCAAAUAUUUGGAUUUACGCAAAGGCUGCAUGCAGCUGAAGUUGAGCGCCGCUCACUGCGCCUAGAGGUUACAGAAUACAAACGGACUCUGAGUGAAAUGAAAAAGGAGCUUGACAAAUCACAGAAUCUGCAGAUGCAAUUAAAUGAAUUUAAGCACUCUAAAUUGAUCACCCAUGAGAAGUUUGAAAGUGCAUGUGAAGAACUAAAUAAUGCAUUACUUCGGGAACAGCAGGCUCAAAUGCUGUUGAAUGAACAGGCCCAGCAACUACAGGAGUUGAAUUAUAGACUUGAGUUGCACUCCAGCGAGGAAGCUGACAAAAACCAGACUCUUGGAGAAGCUGUUAAGAGUCUCUCCGAGGCAAAGAUGGAGCUGAGAAGGAAAGAUCAAUCUCUGCGCCAGCUCAAUAGACAUCUUACCCAGCUGGAGCAGGACAAGCGUCGACUGGAGGAGAGCAUCCAUGAUGCAGAGAGUGCCCUCCGCAUGGCAGCCAAAGAUAAAGAAUGUGUUGCUAAUCACAUGAGAACAGUAGAAAACAUGCUUCAUAAGGUCAGAGAUCAGAUCUCGCUGUCACGGACUGCAGCAAGUAGGAAUGACUUCACCCUGCAGCUACCCAAACUGCACCUGGAGACCUUUGCAAUGGAGGGGCUCAAGGGUGGGCCAGAGGUUGUAGCAUGCCAGGCCAUGAUUAAAAGUUUCAUGGAUGUCUACCAGCUUGCAAGCGCUAGAAUCUCCACAUUAGAGAAGGAAAUGACAUCGCACCGAAAUCACAUCGCAACUCUGAAAUCCGAGCUCCACACAGCUUGUCUGAGAGAGAAUGAAAGUUUACAAUCAACAGGAUCCCGAGACCAUUCCAACCUCUCCAUUCCUCCAAGAGCUGCCCUUCCUGGGGACACAGUUGGGGACUUUCUUCCACUACAAGCGGAACUUGAUACACCUUACACCUUUCUAAAGGAGACAUUCAUAAAUACAGCACCCCAUUCUCUAACAUCUUCUCAGUCAUCCUCUGCGGCGAUUCCUGCUAAUGCCAAAAGACCAUCUCAGAUUGGAUUAUGA